AUGCAACCUCUAAGAAGAUGGAAUGAAACAGGUUUUAACUUGUUUUACAAAAGUGGAAUACAUUUCAGAUCUUCCUGUUCCUGAUUCAGACGAGAAAACACAAUGAGUGACAGAAGAUGUCGGAGCAGGAUGUGGAGACAAUGGAUGAGAGUCAAAACAGAAACACAUUUUACAGCUGCUGCUGCUGUUACCAAGGACUGAAGUUGAGAACAACUGAUGAAAAUAAAUGCUUAGAGGCAGCAGAAAAACAAGCUCCAGUCCAGAUAAGAAAUGUCCCGACUACAGUCAGUGUUGAUAUAAAUGCUGAAACAGAUGCAAGUGUAUAUGCUGCUUUACUGACCGCAAACACCUUCACAGGACCAGUAAACAUUUAUGGCUCAAAUGAUCAACAGAAAUCUUCAGAGAUGGAAUACAGAGAAAAACAAGAAAUUUUAAGGCUGGAAAAAUUCUUGAAACUCACAAAAACAAAAUGAAACACAAAGCGGAACAUAUUUUUGAGUGCAAGAAAGAAAAUGAUGUACAUCUCAAGGCUGUUUACACAGAACUGUUCAUCACAGAGAGAGAUAUGAAAGAAGUUAAUAAAGAACAUGAAAUUCAGCAGAUUGAUGAUGCUCUAAAGACCCAGAAAGUACAAGACCAACCCAUAAACUGCAAUGAUAUAUUUAUUAUUAAGGAGAAACAAUGUGAAAAGAUUGUGCUCACUAAAGGCAUCGCUGGCAUUGGAAAAACUGUCUCUGUUCAUAAGUUCAUCCUGGACUGGGCAGAAGGACACGCCAAUCACGAUAUAGACUGUGUGUUCCUGCUUCCAUUCAGAGAUAUUAACAGCAUUAAAGACAGAAAGGUCAAUCUUCACGAAUUCCUUCAGGUAUUUUAUAAAGAACUGAAGGACCUGGAGAAAUCAAAGUUGUAUACAGAAUUUAAACUUGCGUUUAUAUUUGAUGGACUUGAUGAGAGCCGACUGCCUUUGAAUUUUGAAAGUGAUACAUUGGACAGUCUUGAAGAAAGAGUAUCUGUAGAUGUCCUGUUUACAAAUCUAGUAAAAGGGAGUCUGCUUCCAUCAGCUCUUGUCUGGGUGACAUCACGACCUGCUGCGGCCAAUCAGAUCCAUCCUCAGUAUGUAGGUUUGUUCACAGAGGUGCGAGGAUUCACUGACCAGCAGAAGGAGGAGUACUUCAGAAAGAAAAUCUCAGAUGAGACUGAGGUUUCCAGAAUCAUUUCACAUAUUAAAAUGUCUCGGAGCCUCUAUAUCAUGUGCCAUAUUCCUGUGUUCUGCUGGAUCACAGCUACAGUACUGAAGAAUAUUCUCCUCAAGGACAAAGCCGAGAGCAUCAGCACAACACUCACUGAAAUGUACAUUCACUUCUUGUUGAUGCAAAUAAACAUGAAGAGUCAGAAAUAUGAUAAAAAAGCAGAAAGAGAACGCACAAAGCUCUUGGAUUUAAAUAGUGAAAUGAUUUUAAAGUUAGCCAAGCUAGCAUUUGAACAGUUGAAGAAGGAAAACAUUGUGUUCUAUGAGGAAGAUCUGGAAGAAUGUGGAAUUGAUGUUAGUGAAGGGUCAGCAGAGUUCACGGGAAUGAUUGCUGAGAUCUUUAAAAUGGAAGAUGGACUUCACGAGACAAAGGUUUUCUGCUUUGUCCAUCUGAGUGUUCAAGAGUUUCUUGCUGCACUGCAUGUGUUCAUCUGCUACCUCAACAAGAACAUGCAGGACCUUUGCUUUUUCUUUAAGAAACCUGAAACAAAUGUCACAUUGCAGAAGCUAUUACAGAUGGCUGUUGACAAAGCGAUGCAGAGUAAGAGAGGACAUCUGGACUUGUUCCUGAGGUUUUUGAUGGGCAUUUCACUGAAAUCUAGUCAAUAUCUUCUCAAAGGCCUGCUCACACACACUGAAGACACCACAGAAAGCAACAGAGAAACAGUUAAAUACAUUAAACAAGUACAAAACAGAAAUAUCACAGAUGAAACUUUAGUCAACCUAUUUUACUGCUUACUUGAGCUCAAGGACAAUUCAUUAUAUGAAGAAAUCCAGAGUUACCUCAGUUCAGAUGAACAUCCAGAAAGAGAUCUCUCAUCUUCAAUGUGCACAGUGCUGACCUACAUACUGUUGACUUCAGAGAAGGUGCUGGAUGAGUUCAAUCCAAAGAUAUUCACAUCAUCUUUUAACUACAAAAGACUCAUUCCAGCUGUGAGAUGCUGCAGAAAAGCCAUAUUUGACGGCUGUGGUUUUGAUGAAACAUGCUGUGAAACUCUGUCUUCUGCUCUACAAUCAUCAAACCAUCUGACAGAACUGAACCUGAGCAGCAAUCACCUGCAGGAUUCAGGAGUGAAGCUGCUUUCUGAUGGACUGAAGAGUUCACACUGUCGACUGAACAUACUGAGGUUGUGUGGGUGUUAUCUCACUGCUCAAUCCUGUAAAAGUUUAUCUUUAGCUUUACAGUCCUCAAACUCUAUGCUGAAAGAGCUGGACCUGAGUAACAAUGACCUGCAAGAUUCGGGAGUGAAGCUUCUUUCCGAUGGACUGAAGAAUCCAAACUGUCAACUGGAGAUAUUGAGAUUGUCUAUAUGUAAUCUCACUGCUCCGUCUUGUGAGAGUUUAUUGUCAUUUUUACAAUCCUCAACCUCUGUGCUGAAAGAGCUGGACCUAAGUAACAAUGACCUGCAGGAUUCUGGAGUGAAGCUUCUUUCCAAAGGACUCAAGAGUCCAAACUGUCAGUUAGACAUGCUGAGGUUGUCUGGCUGUAUGGUAACAGAGGAAGGCUGUCAUUAUGUGUCUUCAGCUCUGACUUCAAACCCCUCACUCCUGAGAGAGCUGGAUCUGAGCUACAAUCACCCAGGAGAUUCAGGAGUCAAGCUUCUCUCUGAAAAACUGAAUGACCCAGUCUACAUCCUGAAUAAACUCAAUAUGGAAUAUGGAGAAGAAUCAAGGAUUACACCAGGACCUCAAAAAUAUGCCUGUUUUUUCACACUGGAUCCAAACACAGCACACACUCAACUCAUUCUGUCUGAGGAGAACAGAAAGUUGACAAUUGUGAAAGACAAGCAGUCGUAUCCUGAUCAUCCAGACAGAUUUGAUUAUUAUGAGCAGGUGAUGUGUCGAGAGAGAGUGUGCGGACGCUGUUACUGGGAGACUGAGUGGAGCGGAAAAUAUGGUGUGCGUAUAUCAGUGUCAUAUAAAAGCAUCAGCAGGAAAGGUACGGGUGAUGAAUGUGCUUUUGGACGUAAUGAUCAGUCCUGGAGUUUGUACUGCUCUUCUUCCAGUUACUCAUUCAAACACAAUAACAUAGAGAUUGAUCUCCCUGUGAAGCCCAUCAGCAGCUGUUGUAGAAUAGGAGUGUAUGUGGAUGAGAGCGCAGGAACUCUGUCCUUCUUCAGGGUCUCUGACACAAUGAGACUCAUCCACACAGUCCAGACCACAUUCACUCAGACCCUCUAUCCUGGGAUUGGGGUUUAUUUUGCUGGCUCAUCAGUGAAACUGUGUUGAUGAAUAAGAAUAAAUUGACAAGAGAUUCUACCCCUAAUGCUUUGAGCUGCAUGAUGAAUUAGAAACUGUGAAAUAUUAUCCUUCAGGAAAGUAAUACUGCAGCUCAACUUCUGUCACUGAAAUAGUGUGUAAUAAAUCCUCAUAUAGACAGUAAAAUCUGUUUGAUCAAAAUCAGUGUUUUUGUGUGUCUUACUCUGUUCUUCAGCAUAUGGGUGUUCAUGAUGGGUAUUACAUUGGUUGCAUUCAACCUGUUAAGAUGUGUUUGAUAUAGUGGCCCUGCAAAAAAUUAAAUGGAGUAAAGUUAGGUCUGGUCCCCUGGUUAAAUGAAGUAAGAAGUCUUAGACAAAAUUGUAGGCAGGCAGAAAGAACAUGGAAAAGAAGCUUAAAAUUGAUUAGUGUCGUGAAUCGAGCCUCUGUGGCUCUCUCUGAUGGCCACCGGACAGAGCCCUCUCCCUGAACUAUAGUUUCCAUCAUGCAUUGGCCUCGAGACUGAUAACCUGCCCAGGUGCUCCCCAUUAUCUCCCCUUUGUAAAAACAUUCUCCUCUUUACGAAGUCUUAUUUGUGCCUCGGCUGAUAAUUCUGAGCGUUCUAAUGCCUCUGUUGACUCCUUGUACUGAUCCUUGCCUGGACUCUUUGACCUUAAUUAUCACUGCCUGCCCUGACCAUUGCUUGGUAUCGUUUCUGACGAUGUCUUUCUGACCCUGUUCAUUAACACUCUUCAAUUUUCUUUUCAGCAGCUGGAGAACAGGCUUUACAUAUGUCACAGUCACGUAUGAAACCGUGAACUCCAGUUAGGGAAUUAGUGCUUCAUGCACAGAUUCCAAGACAUCAACGUCCUUCCAUGAUGGAACCAGAGGACCGCAAGAGCGAUUAUAAAGAACGUAUAGAACUAAAAGCUCUUGCAGGACUUGUGACGUCAGAUGUCAUACACUGUUCGGUGGCUGCAGCACCGCUUCAUAUCCAGCACACCUUAAUCCUUGCUCAAAAAUAAUAUAUGUUUACCUGUCUAUUAAAACGCACACAAUGGCAGAGUCUCUGUGCAGUCCGAGGUUUUCGCAAAGCUGUCUCUAUCUUGGAAAUGCAGAUAUUUAUUCAACU